AUGUCAGGGGCUCUUGACAUCAUCCUGCUGCAGGAGGAACCCAAGAGAAGUGAUUCUGGGUUGUUUCAGGACUCUCGUUGCAACUGGUUCUGCAGUGAUUGUGUUUUCAUUGGUUUCCAGUGGACGGUGUUUUGGCCUCGGGACGUCCCGUAUGGCCUUCUGGGUCCUCUGGGCGCUCUGGCCAAGCAUUUCGUGGACUAUCAUUAUCCUGUGGUGUAUUACGGAUGGUUUCUGACGUGGGUCAUCCAUCUGUUUGAGGCUCUUUUUGCACUGAAGGCCUGCAGUGAUAAAGGCAUCGACAGCACGUCCACACGCUUGCUGUGGAUCGCUCAGACGUUCCUGUUUGGUCUCACGUCUCUGUGUCUUCUGAUCAAAUACAAGCCCGACGGCCGACCCAAACGCCAGUGACUGAAACCAGAGCUCGUUUCCCAGCAGCACACUGAUCUUUAUAUUCCAGAGGAUUGAUCAACCAGCAGGUUAUAUCUGAACAGUCACGUCCACCUCACUGAUUCUGGAACAGCCUUUCGCUAAAGGCUAAAUGUGACCUCCGAGGCCUUGUUUACACGAUCCUGGUUCAGUACUGAAGCUCCAUCAGCAGCAUUAGUCACAUAACGUCUGUCAGCACAGAAAAUCACUUCAGCUCGCUCCUCAGUGCAGGUACAGUGCAAAACAAGAGCAAUAAACACCAAAUGACACACUGUUAUUAAGAUUCAGAGAGCCCUCCAUAUAAGCUAUAAUAAUUAUUCCUGCACACUGGGGGAAAAAAUGGUGUAGGAUUUGCUUUUAAACAAAUAUUUCAUUGCUGA